GAUUACAAUGUCGAAUUCAAUGCCUCCACCAGAAUUCAAAUCUCCUGAAGAAAAAAAGACUACAGGACUCAAUCAAGAUGACUUCAGAAAACUAUUGGCUACGCCACGCGCGGCUCCAGGAGGCUUGACCGGUAUCGGCGGCUCUUUCUCUGGAGGCGGGAUGAGAGCUCUUGGGAUGGCCAAUAGGUCUGCAAGGAUACCAAUGCCACACACACCCAAAGCGACAGAUGAUGGAUUCCAUAAACAAAAACACAAGAAAUCUUUUCAAAAAAAACCCUCAAAAGAAGCAUCAGCUACAGCACCCAAAUACAGAGAUCGAGCGACAGAACGUCGUCAAGGCAUUAAUCCGGAUUACAUUGAGACAGAGCAGAUCCUUAGUACGCUAGAGGAGGCUGCAGGGGAGGUUGCGCCAGAUGUUCUCUACGAACAGUCUAAGUUUUUGGGGGGAGAUCGAGAACAUACACAUUUAGUCAAGGGUUUGGAUUUUGCCUUGCUAAACAAAGUAAGACAAGAGGAUAUGGGGGGCGGAAUAGGGCCAGUGGAUUUGGAUGAAGUGUUUGAGUCUGUAGAAAAGUCAACUAGGACAGAAGAGGGUACCUUAUCGAGUCAAGUGGAUGACACACCAGAGUUGAACAGUACGCUCGCUAGAAACGUAUUUAGGUGGGCAAUUGAGGAACCUUUAAAACGUCCGCCUAGGGUUAAUGAAAUGUUCUUGCCUGGUCGAACAGUAUUCGUAUUUGAGUUACCAAUCACCUCCAAAAGCAAGAGAUCAAAGUCAGGGGUGGUCGAGGACAACAAUCCAUUUGCAGUCCCAACAAUCGUUGUACGAAGUAAGGCUGAUAUUGAUCAAUCUUCAGCAGGAAUAACUGAGACUUCAGAAGCCGAUAUGGUAAUGAAAAAGGUGACGGAUGUCUUGCGGGCAAUUCGCACAGGAGAGCGUAAAGUUAAAGAUAAUGAAGCAGAACUAAAAAUUAAACGGAAGGCUGAAGCGGCGGCUGCAUCGAAGGAGCAAACAGAGGAUAUUUUGCCGCAUGUUGAACCAGAUCUAGAUGGUGAAGACAUUUUUGCAGACGCUGGGCGAGAGUACGUUGUUGAGCCAGGACCUACGAAAGCUGCUAAUAUGGAGAGCGCGAUGGAAACAAGUGGCGAUGAAAAUGGUCCAAUAGUGGGACCAGAACGACCGGACGGCAUUGACAUGAGUAACUAUUUUAGUGAUGAAAGCGAGGAUGACCUUGAUCAGGAAGAUAUGCCUGAUGCUAAAAUGGAUACCGAAGCGUCUGUGCUUGGUCCAGCACGACCAACAGAGAUGGACAUGGAAAAGUACUUUGAUGAAGACAGUGGGAGUGAUGGCGGUCAAGGUAGCGGCCAGGGUGAGAUUGGGGUAGAAACUAAUGAGUAUCGCAGCAGUGUCGAUAUUACUGGUCAUCAAAACACUGGAAUCUCCUCUGUUGCUUCAGACCAUACUAGACAUAAUAAUGAGGAUGCUCUAAGGCGGAGGAAAUUGAAAUUGGAGGAGUUAGAGAUCGAUGAGGAUGCCGAUUAUUAUAAUGCGUAUGGGUUAGGCAUGGGUGGGGGACUUGGUACGACGGCAUAUGACUCUGACGAUGAUGAUGAUGAUCACAAUCAAUCCACUAUCUUGAUUGACAAAGGCACACAUAAGAACAAGCGGGCACAAUUAGGACGAUUUGAUUUUGACAAUGAAGAGAGCUUCAACCGAUAUAAGGAUACGGUCGAGGUUGUACCUAAAACGUCGUUCCAAUAUGGAGUCAAGAUGAGCGAAGGCCGUAAAACUGGCAAAUGGGAUGAAGGCAAGGGUAAGGGUCUGAGCAAGGAAGAAAAGUUAGAUCGGGAUUGGCAAAGGAUCAGUCGACUUAUGGAGAAGAACAGCGGAACUAAUGCCAGCGGCCAGAAGUCAAAACCACGUCGCGACGAUGGAACGUCAGAUGGCAAUGACAAUAGAAAUAAAAGGCGUAAGAAUAAUUGGUGAUAUGGCAGGACACUGCAAUUUACUGUCAUGCGCACACAAUAAAACAUGAAAUAGUGCAU